AUGCAAUUAACAUAAGGUUCUAUAUAGAGAACUAUCAACCUUGAUAUAUUUAGAGAAUAAUUAGGGAUUUCCAUAACAUCAGAAAAACAAUAAUUAUCAUAGAUUUAAAAGUAGCAUCAAUUGAAAAGAACAAUCACUGAAGACGAAACCUGA